AGAAGAAGAAGAAGAUCCUCGUUGGGAAGUUUUGUGUUGCUAGUGAACAUCUGUGAGCGUUUCUUCCAGUGGUUUUGUAUCCCCGUGGAUUCAUCUUCGACUGAUUAUUCUCUUCCUGAUUCUUUGCUGCCUCUCCUGGACUGUUUUGCUACUGUGGACUGAUUUAUAUUGGAUAAAAACAGUGAUCAGAGUUUACAGCUGCAGUGAAGGCCCUCCCAGUAAUUCGGCAAUAAAUAGACUGGGAAUAUUCCUAUCAUCCUACAAGAGAAGGACAAACUCCAGGAGUAGCAGCUGAAAUCUGUGUGACUGUUAAAGAUGGAGUUUAUUAAAGAGGAGAUUGAAGACGUGAGUGAUUCAGAACCAUCCAGAAUAAAACUUGAAGAUUCUGAGGAACAAAUAGACCAGGUGAGAGUGAAAGAGCAAAGACAAGAACUGAAUGAAGAGGAGGAACAUCGUAACUUAACAAUUCAAAGAACAAAAGCCAAAAAGAUGCACACCUGCAUUUAUUGUGGAAAAAGUUUCACACAGAAAGGAAACCUUAACACACACCUGAGAAUUCACACUGGAGAGAAACCCUAUACAUGCACUCAGUGUGGAAAGGGUUUCAGCGAUAUAUCAGGUCUCCGUUAUCAUCUGCUCGUUCACUCUGGAGAAAAGCCAUUUAACUGUGAUCAGUGUGGUAAACAAUUAAUUUCAUUAUCAAAACUAAAAUCACACCUGAAAGUUCAUUCAGAUGAGAAGCCUUAUGUGUGCUCUCUCUGUGGAAAGAGUUUUUUAUGGCUGGGCAGUUUUAAACGGCACCGGGAAACGCACAAUGUAGUGAGAGUUUAUUUGUGCUUUGACUGUGGGAAGAGAUUUAAUUCAUCUGAGAGUCUGAAACAGCACCAAAGAAUUCAUACUGGAGAAAAACCUUACAAGUGCUCAUAUUGUGACAAGAGUUUCACUCAGUCUGGAUCUCUGAAAUCACACGAGCGAGUUCACACUGGAGAGAAGCCGUAUUACUGUACUCAGUGCGGGAAGAGUUUCGCCCGAUCGAGUAAUCUAGUGACUCAUAUUAGAAAGUAUUGUUCUGUGUCACAGCGAGCAAGUGAUUUGUUAGAUUCACAUAAAGUAAAUGUGUAGUUAGUUAACUAAUAAACUAGUCUUGCUGUGAAAUGCUACAUGAUUUGUGUUUUAUAUGUUGGAGAACAAGAAUAUUAUUGAAAAUGAUUUGGAUUGAAUGCUUACUCAAAGAAAUACCAAAAUGAAAAGAGACUGGAAA